AUGGAUGCAGGCAUCAUUGCUGCUUUUAAACAUCGAUAUCAUCGUUUUUUAUUGCAACAUGCUAUAGACUGUGAUGAGGCUAGAGAAUCUGAUAUCUAUAAAGUUGACCAACUAAAAGCAAUGCAAUA